AUGUCAGGUCGCGUUCGAAAGACAAAGUCGCACUUGACUAUGAUAAAAGAUCGUGAGAGAGCUGCGCUUAUUGAAUACGUGGAGUCCCGAUCGAUUGCUAGCGACAUGCCUUGCACUCGUUGUUUCCGUGCAAAGGUCCCGUGUCGUUUUAGCGAGAAGUCUACACGCUGUAGGACUUGCAUCGAGGCGAAGAAACCUUGUGACGGCGUCCUCGUGGCGUCUACUCAUCAAGAGUUUGCUCGUUUGCAAGUUCAAAUGGCGGAUGCUGCGGGUCGUCUGAAACGGAUUCGGACGGUCCGUAAGAUGGUUCGGGAGCGGCAGACCGAAGUUUUUAAGCGUGGUAUACAGGAGGUUGACAGGGAGGAUGGCGUCCUGGCGGACGACGAAGUCCUACCUGCCUUGGAUGCUUACGAGAGGUUCGUCGUUAGUGACCUCCAGGCAGUGGGUCUCGGGAAUGAUCCUCCUUGGUCCCUUUUUGGUUUUGGUGACGAGUUUGUAGGUUUGGGUCCUCUGGUGGAUGGCGCGGGUGCGGGGAGUGUUGGAGGUUCCUCGGCUACUCAGGGCUAG